AUGGUCAAGUCCACUGGGACCGUGGCGCGGCGAAGAUAUGCACCGAAGAGCAAAGGGGGUUGCCAGACCUGCAAGUCACGACACGUGCGGUGCGACCAGCUCCGGCCUCGCUGCUCCGCGUGCAAGAAGAGCGCGCGUCAAUGCAGAUACGACGCAGCAACCCCAGGUUUUCAGGAAUCCACCGGCGGCGAAGCAGCAAUAAAGGUGGUGCUGUGGGAACCGACAGAGCUGAAGGUCUCGGCUCGACGGCUGGCGCACACGCCGGGCCAGUCGCCAGAGGAAUAUCGCGCUUUGAAGUACUUCCGAGACGUCGUCGCCGAGAGAUUGGCGGGCUACUUUGACGCCAGCUUCUGGACGGGAUUGACUUUCCAGGUAGCUCAAACUGUGGGCCCAUUGCGACAUGCGAUGAUCGCUCUGGCCUCGCAUUGGGAGAAUGUCGUGGUCCCUGGUAUGCACAAAAGAAGCACUGCAGAUUGGGAGUGCGACAAUUUCGCCUUGCAACAGUACACCCUUGCCAUCGCCGAGAUGCGGAAGAGCUUGGAACAGGCGUCCAAGCCGUCCACGGUCGAGCUUCUGAUAAGCAAUUUGCUCUUCAUCUGCCUCGAAAUGUUCCAAAACCAUUACGAGUCUGCGCUGCGCCAGCUCUCAAGUGGGCUGUACCUCUUUUGUGAGUGGCAUACGAACCACGGCGAGGCUGAUACGCGAGAAAGAGGCAGCAGUGAACAGAGUGAGGAGCUUGAAGUUCAGCUUGGCCACAUAUUUAAAAGAUUGAUGACGCAGUCUUUAUUGUUCCCCGUACGGCGAAUGGAUAAGAGACUCUUGGUACCCGAGUUGACGCCCAGAUUGCCCAGGGUCCCGGAGAAGUUUGAUACACCCGACCAGGCUAGAGACUCCUUCAACGAUUGCAUGGGCUCGAUCAUCCACGGCGUGAAGAGCCGGCACGCGCCAAGCCCACAGCGAUGUGCAGACGGCAGCAAUUUCCUUCGAAGAUGGUCCACAGCCUUUGCCGAUUUUCGGGCCCGAGGUGAGCAGAACCUCUCUGAACUGGAGCGUCGCAACUGUGUCAUUCUUGAAAUGCAACGAUUGGCUGUCUAUCUCUGGGCCCUGGCAUCGUCCUUUGCCUCGGAAAUGGAGUUCGACGCUUGGAUACCGGAGUUCUCUAGACUCGUGGCUCUGGGUUCAUAUCUGGUCAAGACGAAGCGUCUGACUGUACCGCAGGGACGUAUUCUCCACUAUCCAAAAUUUGACAUCGGGUUGAUCCUCCCGUUGUAUCUUGUGGCCAGUCGGUGCCGGGAUCCAAGGCUCAGACGCCAGGCCAUUGAAGUGCUUCACAACGGCCCAAAGCAAGAAGGGAUCUGGAACAGUGCCAUCCUGGCAAGCAUUGCAGAACGCAUCAUUGAAAUCGAGGAAGGUGGUUUGACAAAAGUGAAGGAUUGCACGGAUGUGCCUGCUUGUGCUAGGAUCAGGCUGGAAGAUGCUACUAUCCUCACAGCUGACCGAAAGGUUGCCACAGUCUUCGCUCGUCAGGGUAUUGACGGAUAUCCAGAGUCUGAGAUGUUGUACGAAAUGAUCUCGUACACAGGCUGA